UUACUGCUGUCAGUAUAAGGCCUUAUCACCCAGUCCAAACUAAGAGCUCAAACUGUGAAAUAGUCUUUUUUUUAUUUACUGGAAAUCUCUUGCCAGAUCCUAACCAAAUCUGGUUUUGUAAACUGUGUGUCAGUUCACUUGGUCUGAAACCCCAGUUUUCACCCUUUGAAGAGAGUGCAGGAUAUUCCUCCUUUAAGUGGGAACUCUAUGUACAUAGGAGAGUAAUAUCAGAUACAAAUCGUAUUUACGGUCCCAAUUCAUGUACAUCUGACCCCAAAUUUUAGGGUCAUGAAAGAUUGUCACAGUUGAAGAACACAUUCUGAGCAGAAUAUGUCUAGUGCCAAGGCAAAAAUAAAGAAUAAAAAUCCACCCAAAUAAAGAAGCUUUCAUUGAAAUAUGGGCUGCGUGUAGAGGCUCAGCAGUGCAUGGGCCCUUGAUGAUGUAAAUGGCCUGGGGGGUGGUGGGUUUCAAGUGGAUAAUAAUUUGCGUCAAUCACCAUGCUUGUUUUCAAAAUGCGAAUGUUGUUUCCCGAGUGUAUGUGUCCUGUAGCAAUAAACUGCCUGUAGUUAGCUUUUAGGAUUGGUCAUGUCCCUGGGGCUUUGGAAAGCAGUGUAGGCAGUGCACGUCAUCCUCAGCAGGUAACCGCCAUCACUGGGGCAUGCGCUUCACUCCACAGCUCUUCCCCCAUGGUUAGGACUGUUCCUUCUGUGAAUGUAUGUUUGUUUGUUUGUUUGUUUGUUUUUCAGUGAGUGUUCUUUUCUCCCUGUUGAAAGAGGGCAGAUCGCUCAAUCAUUUUGUGUGCGCGUGUGUGCGUGCACGGGAGAGAGAGAGCUUGAUAGAUACUCAAAUAUACCUGGGCUGAAAGCCUGAAGUUUAAUAUGACACUGACUGGUUUCAAAAUCAAUGAGGAACAUGCUAUGAUCCCACCCACAAGAAAAAAAUGUAUUGGUACAGGUGUGGAGUUUACUUAAGGCAUCCCCCACUGUGGGUUAUUAAGUUUCUUCAACAACGCAUUGUUCUGAAUAAGUAAACUGAUUAUGGUUUGUGAAAUCACUACUAUUUCCAGUAUGUCUGUCAAAGUUCCAUCCAUCUACUAGAUGAAACCAAUAUGGUGUCAAGCUCUUUUGGCAUGUGAUGUCAUAACCAAAAAGUGUUGCCUGUUUUGUACAUAAGCCCCAUCUUUGUAUUAAUUUGUUCAUGGGACACCUUUUUUUUUUUUUUUUUUGAAGCAGAAGCAUUAUUUUUCAAUAGCUCUUACUGUUACAGAAUCCCAGCUUUACCAAUACAGUUCAUUUUGACACUGUAAUUAUUUCAAUAAAAGUUCAUUGCUCUUGAAUGGUGUCUGUGAUGGUAAAAUGAUUGCAGUUGUCUAAUCCAGUUAUUUAUCCCAGUACUUGUAUCAGAUAUUUCCAGCUGCACAUGAAAUCUAAAGAAAAUCCUCAAACUCGGUUCAUGUCACCUAAAGGGCAUAUACCUAAACGAGAAGGGGUUCCUCUGCAGCAGCGCUUUAGCGCAUGUCACCGGCUGCAAGUAGCAAUUGCAGUUUCUACAAAACUUCAAAAUAAAAGAGGAGGACAACGUUUUCUGGUAGGUUAACAUAAUUGUCUUUGUCUUUUAAAGAAAUUACCGUUUCGAGGUGUAAUGCUUGCAAGAUAUAAGAUGGGGAAGAUAUGUCAGAGAUAUUUGUGAAACGUAAAGUGAAUUGAAAAAGCUGCAUUCGAUGACGUCGGCAAGAGAUGAGGACACGUCAGGAGACGGCACAGAUGGCGUCUUUGACCAGGAAGUAACAGGACUACUAUAUGCCGCUGAAAAUCGAGGCAAAUCUUAAGCCUUUAGGGAAGAAUGGGCCGGCAGAGAAAAAGGAUUGUGGCAGGUGAUGGAUUAUCCCACCCUAGGACGGAUGACAAACCGCCAGUCCCACACCGUAAGGAGAAGAAAAAGAAAACUGACCUCGGCAAAGUAUUCAUCAACAUUUCCAUCGUUCUCUGCAUCUUCAGCCUCAUAUGGUUCUUCUAUGCUCUCUACAUGCGCUCAUCCCUGGCUAAAAGGGUGGUGACCUUACACACGUCCCCACGCGUGCUGGAUGCAAACAGCACCAGUGCAGAGGUAUCCCCUGAGAGGUUCUGGGGGUCCUUUCGGCCUCAGGUGUACUUUGGCAUGAAGACCAGGAGCCCCACUUCUGUGGUCACUGGACUGAUGUGGUUCCGUCAAUUCUCUGACAUGGAUGUGAACCUCAGGCACACCUGCGAGCAGAGUGACCGGUUGCAGGGGUAUGGGUGGCUCAUGCAUGAUGCUGUUAGCUUCGGUGUGCAGGAGAUCCGGGACAGCGACUUCACCCUCACCACCGAGUUUGUGAAGCGUAAGGGUGGGGAGCACGGUGGAGACUGGACAUGGAGGAUAACGGCCAAACAGCAUAGCUCUGCCGCCCACGCACCGGUCAUCUCUCUCAUGUUCUAUGUUGCUACGGACACCCAAGGGGCGCUGCAGGCACACGUGGAGGAGCGCAACCGGCUGAGCACGGUCACCGGCACCUCAGAGGAGCUUGGCCACUUCAAGGUCACCUUCCGCAAACCCACCGCUGGAGACGCCGCCAGUGCUAAAUAUGCCGGUUACAACUACCUGCAGACAGUCACUCCUGGCCUGGAGAAGCUCACGGAUAUUGUGAAGAACAGCAUGAACCGGAGGUUUGUCUUCAAUCCUCCAUCAGGUGAGAAGCGUCCCUACAUCGCCGUGGACACCUAUAAGCCUCCCCACCAACACCACCAACAGAAACCAGCUGACAACCGGAAGGAGAGCGACUUCGUGGUUCACCAGGUUACAGUCCAGACGCCCUUCCAGAUCGAGGUUCUUUUCGAGUCCGGUAGUUUCCACGAUCGACCAGACCAGCUCGCAGGCUCAGUUCUGACUGAGGAGCUGGAGAAGAGGAAGGUGGCCUUCGACCAGAAGUUUGAGAACACCUUUGGCCUCCAGGCUAAGGGCUUCAGCCAGUCCCAGGUCAAGUUCAGCAAGGCCGCGCUAAGCAACAUGCUGGGUGGCAUGGGCUACUUCUACGGCCAGUCCAUUGUGCAGUCUGUCUAUAAUGAGUACCCCUUGCUCUACCCGGAGGGGCCGCUCUUCACGGCCGUGCCCUCUCGCUCCUUCUUCCCCCGGGGCUUCCUGUGGGACGAAGGCUUCCACCAGCUGCUCCUGAGCAAGUGGGACCCUCAGGUGACACGAGAGGCUGUGGCUCACUGGCUGGACCUCAUCAACGUCGAGGGCUGGAUUCCACGUGAGCAGAUCUUGGGCGAUGAGGCGCGGAGCAAAGUUCCUUCAGAGUUUGUGGUGCAGCGCAAUGAGAACGCCAACCCCCCCACCCUCUUCCUGGCCCUGCAGGAGCUGGUGGAGCAGCUGGCAGCUCAGCCCAAUGCUCCCUCCACCCAGGGAACUCUGCCGUUCCUCCGCAGGCUCUACCCGCGACUCCAGACCUGGUUUGAAUGGUACAACACCACCCAGGUCGGACCCCUGCCCAACUCCUACCGCUGGAGGGGCAGAGACAAGGACACCAACGUCUUCCUCAACCCCAAGACAUUGACUUCGGGUUUGGAUGACUACCCGCGGGCGUCUCACCCGUCUGCGGACGAGCGGCACGUGGACCUGCGCUGCUGGAUGGCUCAGGCGUCGGGGAUCAUGGCUAGAGUGGCGCAGCUUCUGGGGGAGCCACACCAGGAGUACGAGCGCACCCACCAGAUGCUCAGCGACAACCAGCUGCUGGCCGAGCUGCACUGGUCCGAGCAGCUGCGCGCCUUCAGUGACUAUGGCAACCACACUCACGCCGUGGCCCUGCUGCGGGAGAAGGUGUACGUGCCCCCCGGGCAGCCGCGGCACCAGUUCCCCGUGGCACGCCUGGUGCGCUCGGUCGGCUCAGGGCGUAAUGCCCCUAAGCUGCAGUUUGUCAACGCACUGGGGUACGUCAGCCUCUUCCCCUUCUUACUGCACAUCCUGACGCCCGACUCGCCCAAGCUGGAGCACAUCCUGAGGGACAUGAGGGACCCCGACCGCCUGUGGACUCCAUACGGCCUGCGUUCGCUCUCCCGCACCGACCCCAUCUACAUGGAGCGGAACACGGAGCACGAUGCCCCCUACUGGCGUGGUGCUAUAUGGAUAAAUAUAAACUACCUGGCUGUCAGGGCCCUGCACCACUACGGCAACUUGGAAGGGCCAUAUCAGGAACAUGCAGCUGCCCUCUACCAAGAGCUCAGGACUAACCUUGUCAAUAAUGUUUACAGACAGUACAUGGACACAGGUUACGUGUGGGAACAGUACAAUGACGGUACAGGCCGUGGACAGGGCAGUCACCCCUUCACUGGCUGGUCUGCGCUGACUGUUCUCAUGAUGGCUGAGCAGUACUGACAGUCACUCUACUGCUCUACUUGUUUAUUAAAGGUGCCAUCAUCUCUGCUUCUCUUCCUGUUUAUUGAAUGGUGCCAUCAUCUCUAGCCUGUUUUCUCAAAUGUGUCAGCUGAUGUCAUCUGAGUAUUUCCAUGGUUACUAGGUGUACUUGUUCUGAAGGAGUUCCAUGACAUUCGUUAUCUUUGUUUUUGUCUUAAUGGUGGUUAACGUCAGUUCACUUGUGUCCUGGCAGGACAUAUCACUGGUAUUAUUUAGAUGUUUUUAAGUGACAUUGGUCAGUUGAUUCAGUCUCACAGAAGGAAUUCAGCUUGGGUUUCCACAUCGCCCAGCCAAGUGCAUUUUAUACAGAAUUUCCAGAACAUAGAAAGAAGAAGACAACUCUGGAGCCAUUUCUUGCUCAUCCCUAACAGUUCAUUUAAAUCCUCAGGGUAAAGAUGCAAGGUAUUCCUGCAAAAUACAACAGAUAAUACAUCAGAACAGAGUACCUUUUUGACCCUGCUGUUGGAAGAACAAACAAAUUAAUAAAAAUGAAAUUCUCCAAA